CCCCCCCCCCGUUGACUGUCCUGCCCAGCGUCCCCCUGGACUCGGAUCCGGUUUCAUCUGCUCAGGUGUUUUUCGGGGUCUCUCUGACUUCUCACCGCCCCAAUGCUGACCGAGACGUACGGCGCCAUGGGAUCCAUGGGAUCCAUGGGAUCCGACGUUCGAGACCUGAGCUCCCUUUUACCCCCGGUGUCCUCGGUGGCGGGCGGCAGCGGGGGCUGCGGCCUGCCUGUCGGGGGUGCCCCUCAGUGGUCCCCCUACCUGGACCUCCACCCUGGCUCUCCCUACGGCUCCCUGACCUCCCAUCAUUCCCUCAUCAAGCAGGAGCCCGGCUGGGGCCCCACGGACCCCCUUGAGGACCCUCACUGCGGCCGUGGUGCCUUCACGGUGCACAUCUCCGGCCAGUUCACUGGGACAGGCCCCUGUCGGGUCGGGACCUUCGGGGAGCCAGCGACCAGCCAGUCCAGGGUGUUUCCUAACGGGGCCUAUCUUCCAGGCUGUGUGGACAGCUCAGCGGGCCACAGGAACCAGGGUUAUGGGACAGUUAGUUUGGACGGGGCACCCAGCUAUGGCCACACACCCUCUCAUCAGCCCCCCCAGUUCUCCAGUCACCCCUUCAAACACGAGGACACCCUGUCCCCUCCAACAACUAUGGGCGACCAGCAGUACCAUGCCCCUCCCCCCGUGUUUGGUUGCCACGCCCCCUCAGAGAACUGUCCAACCAGCCAAGCUCUUCUGCUCAGGAACUAUAACAGUGAUAGCCUGUACCCAAUGACCUCUCUGGACUGUGUGGCGUGGAACCCUGUCAACACUCUAUCCACCAUCAAAAGCCAUGGGACGGGGUAUGACACCGAGCCUUUGGCCCCGCCGCCUCCCGUGGUCCUCAGCUGCAGUACCCAGUACCACAUCCACACGCAUGGUGUCUUCAGAGGACUGCAGGAUGUACGGAGGAUGCCUAGCGUCAUUCCGUCCGCUGGGAGGUCGUCAGAGACCAAUGAGAAGCGUCCGUUUGUGUGCGUCCACCCCGGCUGCAACAAGAGGUACUUCAAACUGUCCCACCUGCAGAUGCACGGCCGCAAACACACAGGGGAAAAGCCGUAUCAGUGUGACUUCACAGAAUGCGGACGGAGAUUCUCCAGAUCAGACCAGCUGAAGAGACACCAGCGCAGACACACAGGUGUGAAACCGUUUCAGUGUGAGACAUGUCAGAGAAAGUUUUCACGGUCAGAUCAUCUUAAGACACACACUCGGACACAUACAGGUAAAACAAGUGAGAAGCCCUUUACGUGUCGUUGGUCCAGCUGUCAGAAAAAGUUUGCCAGGUCUGACGAGUUGGUUCGCCACCACAGCAUGCACCAGAGGAACCUCACCAAACUACAGUCCGGCAUCUGACGAGUAUUAAACUGUCCUGGACAGUAAAGGACUGGAUCGAACAGGACCAAAAACAAACGCCAUCUGAGCAGUAAUGAUAACUGGAUCUAAACCCAUGGAGAGCUAUGAGUGAAUAAUAAAGAACAUUGUUUUGUAGAUGUAUGCCAAGCUUUGACUCAUACAGCCAAUUCAUCUUAAUGGGUACCGUAGCUAUCGACAAACCAGCACUAAGAUUCACAGUUGUUAUUAUUCAGUGGUUCAUUUUGUUUGGAUUUACAGUACCAGAUUCAGCCUGAGCCAUAAUUGGGAAUCUGAAGUCUUGAUGAGAAGGUUAACACAUUGCUAUUAUUUGGUCAUUACCUUGUAUUAUAAUUGCACUGGCUUUAUGUUUGUUGUUUUGUUUAUGUUGUAGAUGUUUUUCCUAAUGCAAGUGUUGAAAGUAGACCAUGUAACCUGGAGUUAGGAAACAGACAAUGUCACUCCGUCCAACAGGACCACGAGUAAAACAGAAAACGUUACUGUGAUUGCCGGAGAAAAUGCACAUCUUUUAUGUGCCUACCAUGUAAAACAUUAGUUCCUUUGUGUAUAUACAGUAUAUGACUGCAUUGCCAUCCGACUGCAUUGCCAUACCUUUUAAACUUUCAAUUUGUUUUUAUUUUUGUACUGUUCAGAUAUAUUAAAUGUUGUUGUGUUA